AUGGCGUUUCCACCCCGUGGUCUUUUUUGCGAAACAAAUAGCGGUGCUUUUGUUUCGUGAAUUAAAAUUAAUUUAUUUAAUUAUUGGACAAUAUUUUGAACAUAAAAAGAACUGAAAAGAAUUCAAUAUGGAUCAGAUGCUACACCAUGUGGCCCAGACGGUGGAGAAACAGCUGGACAGCGAAAUUGAAAGGCUAGAUGCCCUGGACAGCAGCGACAUCGAAGCCAUCAGGCAGCAGCGCAUCGCCGAGAUGAAGCAGCGCGCCAAACUGAAGCAGGAGUGGCUCGCCAACGGUCACGGAGAAUACACAGAAAUAGACGGUGAGAAGGAGUUCUUCACGAUCUGCAACAAAAGCAACAAUGUCGUCUGUCACUUCUACAAGAACGACUCGCCGCGAUGUCGGAUCGUAGACAUGCAUCUCAAGACGCUGGCCAAGAAACACGUUGAGACGAGAUUCGUGAAGCUGGACGCUGAGCGGGCACCGUUUUUGGCUGGCCGCCUGAAGAUCCGCGUCAUUCCCACCAUUGGGCUGGUGAAAGACAACAAGACGAAGGACUUCAUCGUGGGCUUCACCGAGCUCGGGAAUAGAGACGACUUCUCCACAGAAAUGCUAGAGUGGAGGCUCGCCAGGUCGGAGGUGAUCGAGUACUCUGGAGAUGUCCUCACGCCGCCAGACCAGCAGAAGAAGAAGCUACACAUACAGAGCAAGAAGACGAUACGUGGAGGACGGGAUGACUCAGACUCAGAUUUAGAGCUGAGCGAUUGAAGACUGUGAGCUUUGGGCUAUGAAUACGUGUUUUAAUGCUGUUAAAUUGCAAUAGAAUCAAUUGGGUAGUUGGCACCAACAAUUUUAGGGCAGAUUCUUUAAAAUAGUACAUUUUAGUUACAUAAUAAUUUUAGUUUCCAAUAAAGUAGAUAUCUAUUUGUUUUCAAUACUUCGUUCUAAUCUUAUAAACUCAUUACGUUAAUGAAAUGUAAAUUAACAUUAUGGUUUUUGGUUGCUUUGUAAUUUAAUAAAGUUACUCCUGACGUCAUAACUGGACUAAACUCUUUUAAAAAAAUCACAUUGGUGGUGGUGUCAACUACCUUAAGGUUUUCCGACAGAUUAUUUGUAUUUAUGUACUUGAGCCACGCAGUGAUCUUUAAUUUUGUUGUAAGGAGCGUUCUAUUUGGGUUUGCGAGCAUUCGUAGCGCGACCGAACACUUUAGUAAUGAACAUCCUAAAAUGUAAAAUGUAUAUUCCAUUUUAAUACGCCUAUUCUUCUUUCCCGCUUUUAUAUUAUUUUAAAAAACUUGUUUAGUCUUGUUUACUUAUAGUUUUGUACCUUAUUUCCUUGUGUUAAGGAUCAAAAACAAUUAUGUUAUUGGAUUUCAAGACAAAAACAUUGUUUUGGGCAUCAACACAAGGAAAUAAGGUAUAAAAUGUGCUAGGAACUGUGUUUCUACUGCCAUGUAAAAGGUUAAUGUGUGAAAGGUGCCUUAUUUCGUUUGCUAGUUGGUUGAAUUUUGAAUGAAAGUAUGUGUGUUGCCAGUUACCAAAAUGGUAAAACUUGAUAAAGUGUUGAUGAAUGUUUAAUAUUUUAACACAAAUUAUUUGUAUAUCGCCUCAAAGAAAAUAAUUUGAGAAAUAUAAUGUUUUUAACUACAUAA